AUGAGCGUUGUUAAACGCGCGGGCGCGGUGCGGGACAGGCGGACGGUGGUAGUGAAGGAACGCGUAGGGAAGGGUGGCGGGGUGAAGUGGCGGCCAACGAGCGUGACGGCGUACAAUAACGGCUGGACAGGCGAUAACGAAACACAACACACACAGGUACGGGGCACAGGCAACAGGCCUACAACUACUACAGAGUACAGACUAGACUACGGUGACUACGGCUCUGUGACAAAUACGACGGUCUAUGGACAGUGUUGUGGCUGCGUCACUACGACAGGAUACCGACACCACGGAGAUAACAAUGAAAAUAAACAGCCGUUGCCCUCGCUCGGCGUAGUCGUAGUGCCGUAG